AUUUUCUUCUAAUAUAUUUGCAGAACUAUUAUGCCUGAUGCAUCAAAUGUUGAUGACAAUUGAUCGUCAAGGGGCUGAAUUGACUUCAUUAAGAAAUGAAGUAUCAAUUAUAAAGGGACGAGUUUGCGGAGAGGCGCACAAGGCAAAAUUGACGCUGCCAAGUGCGCCAAAAGCAACUCUUGGGGACUUUGAGGCAUUUGAAGAAUGUCUCAAAGAAGAGAAGUCCCUUAAAAACUUGGUCAUUGAAUUAGUCGAAAGCGGUGAAAAGACCUACGACAAGUUCAUUAGGAGCUCCUGGCGCCAAAUAAUAACGGACGAUGUGGCAAGACAAUGCUCCUGGCGUGGGACGGAGAAAAAAGUGUGUGUCAGAGGCCUUCGAACCACAUUGGCAAUGCGAAAUGCAUUUAAACAGAAGUUUACGCUGGAAGACGGCGAUUUCGACCGCGUCACUCAAAAAUAUUUUCAAUACGCGCAGGAAAGAGUCACGCAGGAAAGAGUGGCGCGUAGAAAAGGCUGA